UAAAACAAACAACUAGUCACCAUUUACCAGGUCACCUUUGUGCAACACAGCACAGUGGACACACACUCGCCGUGUGCGUGCUCUCUCUAUUUAUAACCGUCUAUCACCCCUUGAAUGUCUACACCGCAUCGAUUUCUCUUCAAUCUCACUACCUUCAAUUCCAGAACCUUCUUUUUCCUUCCAUUUUCGCACUCUCACUUCACCCUAACAAUGCCUCGCAAUCAGCGAAGCAGCGGCCUUCAUGGAGAACAAAGAUGGAAAGAGAAACCAAAAACCGAACCACAAGUAUCAGCUAUUGGAGAUGCUGAAACGGUUACUAACAAGCUUUCUGCACUUCAUAUCGGUGAAAAUAGUGCGCAAACGAAGGUUCAAAAUGUUAAUAAGGUGGUUAAUUCUCAAGGUUCAACGGCGAUUUGGAAACCUAAAUCGUACGGAACUGUUAGUGGAGGAGCCAAUGUAACUGAAGUUGAAAGUACACCGGUUAGUAAAGCGAAGGUUGAUGGUUUAGGUGGUGUUGCUGUGGCUUCGACUCAGAAAAUUAGUAGUGGUAGUGUUGCUUUGAGCAAGUUAUUUAGCGGUAAUUUGUUGGAGAAUUUUACUGUGGAUAGCUCAACUUACGCUCAAGCGCGAAUCAGAGCAACUUUCUAUCCUAAAUUUGAAAAUGAAAAGUCAGAUCAAGAGACAAGGUCAAGGAUGAUUGAGCUGGUAUCAAAAGGUUUACUUACUUUAGAGGUUUCACUUAAACACUCUGGUUCUCUUUUUAUGUAUGCGGGUCAUGAGGGUGGAGCUUAUGCAAAAAACAGCUUUGGAAAUAUAUAUACUGCUGUUGGCGUAUUUGUUCUUGGGCGGAUGUUUCAUGAGGCUUGGGGAACCGAAGCUUCAAAAAAGCAGGCUGAAUUUAAUGAUUUUCUUGAGAAAAACCAUAUGUGCAUAUCAAUGGAAUUAGUAACUGCUGUUCUUGGAGACCAUGGACAGCGUCCCCUUGAAGAUUAUGUGGUGGUUACAGCAGUCACUGAAUUAGGCAAUGGAAAGCCAAAGUUCUAUUCAACUCCUGAGAUAAUCGCUUUUUGCAGAAAAUGGCGAUUACCAACAAAUCAUGUGUGGUUGUUCUCAACAAGAAAAUCAGCCUCUUCCUUCUUUGCUGCCUAUGACGCCUUAUGCGAGGAAGGUACUGCAACUUCUGUAUGCAAGACUCUAGAUGAAAUAGCAGACAUAUCUGUCCCAGGUUCAAAAGAUCAUGUGAAAGCCCAAGGUGAAAUUUUAGAGGGUCUCGUGGCUCGUUUAGUGAACCACGAGAGUUCAAAGCAGAUAGAGAAAAUUUUAAUGGAAUUUCCCCCUCCACCUGCUGAUGGAGCUGCCCUUGAUUUUGGAUCAAGUCUAAGGGAAAUUUGUGCUGCAAAUAGAUCUGAUGAAAAACAGCAAAUGAAAGCACUUCUUGAGGGCGUUGGUAGCUCUUUUUGUCCUGAUUAUGCAGAUUGGUUUGGGACUGAUGCUGCUGAUAUACAAUCAAGAAAUGCGGACAAAUCUGUUCUUUCAAAAUUUUUACAAGCCCAUCCCGCAGAUUAUUCGACCAAAAAAUUGCAGGAACUCGUUCGGUUGGUGAGGGAAAAGCGCUACCCUGCGGCAUUCAAAUGUUAUCAUAACUUCCACAAAGUUGAUGCCAUAUCAAAUGACGACCUUUUCUAUAAAAUGGUCAUUCAUGUGCACAGUGAUUCCACUUUCCGGAGAUACCAAAAAGAGAUGAGGAAUAGACCAGGAUUAUGGCCACUUUAUCGAGGAUUUUUCGUUGAUAUCAAUUUAUUCAAGGCAGACAAAGAGAAAGUCGCAGAAAUUUCUAAGAACAGUGUAAAUGAACGUGGUAGCAGUGGUACUGAAAAAGAUGACUUUGCUGACGAAGAUGCAAAUUUAAUGGUCAAAUUGAAGUUUCUUACAUAUAAGUUGCGAACCUUUCUCAUUCGAAAUGGCUUGUCAGUUCUGUUUAAAGAAGGUCCAGGUGCUUACAAGGCUUAUUACCUGAGACAAAUGAAAAUAUGGGGAACCUCUCCAGGAAAGCAGAAAGAACUUAGCAAGAUGCUUGAUGAAUGGGCUGUGUAUAUAAGAAGAAAGUGUGGAAAUAAGCAACUUUCAUCAUCAAUAUAUCUUAGUGAAGCUGAACCUUUCCUUGAACAGUUUGCAAAACGUAGUCCACAGAACCAAGCUCUAAUAGGUUCUGCGGGUAGUUUAGUUAGGACUGAAGAUUUCUUGGCCAUUGUUGAGGGAGGCCAGGAUGAAGAAGGUGACCUUGCAUCAGAGCGGGUAGCACCAUCAGAGCCUAAUAUCUCAGUCAAAGACACAGUUCCAAAAGAUGAAGGGAUGAUUGUAUUCUUUCCCGGAAUACCGGGUUGUGCAAAGUCUGCCCUUUGUAAAGAACUGCUAAAUGCACAAGGUGGACUACUAGGAGAUGAUCGACCAGUUCAUAGUCUCAUGGGUGAUCUGAUUAAAGGAAAAUAUUGGCAGAAAGUUGCUGAAGAGCGCAAAAAGAAACCGAAGUCUAUAAUGCUCGCUGACAAGAAUGCCCCAAAUGAAGAAGUAUGGAGACAGAUAGAAGACAUGUGUCGCAGAACCAGGGCAUCUGCUGUCCCAGUUGUGCCUGAAUCUGAAGGAACUGAUUCAAAUCCAUUUUCCCUUGAUGCAUUAGCUGUUUUCGUGUAUCGUGUGCUUCAACGAGUCAAUCAUCCAGGGAGUCUUGACAAGGCAUCUCCAAAUGCUGGCUAUGUGCUGCUAAUGUUUUAUCAUCUUUAUGAUGGCAAGAGCCGCAAAGAGUUCGAGGGUGAAUUAAUUGACCGUUUUGGGUCACUUGUGAAGAUGCCCUUGUUGAAAAAUGAUAGGAAUCCUCUUCCUGAGGCAGUGCAGUGCAUUUUGGAGGAAGGAAUUGAUCUAUAUAAGCUUCACACUAAGAGACAUGGAAGGUUGGAAUCUACCAAGGGUACAUACGCAAAGGAAUGGAUGAAAUGGGAGAAACAAUUGCGGGAUAUUCUUUCUGGAAAUGCUGAUUAUUUUAAUUCAGUUCAGGUUCCAUUUGAGUUCGCUGUCAAGCAAGUGUUGGAGCAAUUGAGAAACAUUGCUAAGGGAGAUUACACGCCUCCAGAUACUGAAAAGAGGACGUUUGGUACCAUUGUUUUUGCUGCUCUCAGUAUUCCAGUUAUAGACAUUCAAGGUGUCCUAAACAAUUUGGCCAAGAAUAAUCCGAAGAUUGAUGAAUUUUUUAAAGACAAGAAUUUAGAUAAGCUUAAUCGAGCUCACUUGACUCUUGCACACAAGAGAAGUCAUGGCAUAAAAGCUGUCGCUGAUUAUGGUCUGUGGCUGCAUAAAAAGGCACCAGUGGAGUUGACGGCACUGCUCUUCUCAGAUAAAAUGGCUGCAUUUGAAGCUUUUCCUGGCUCAGUGGAAGGAGAGAAGAUAGUUCCAAAAAAUGCGUUUCCCCAUAUCACCUUGUGGACUAGUCAAGGGGUUUCAGCCAAGGACGCCAACAUGUUAACACAGUUGUUUGCAGAGGGAAAAGCAAAUCGGAUUGACUUCAAUCCUCCUAUCAAUGUAUCUGGCACAGUUGAAUUUUAUUGAGUUACUUUGGCUGCUCAUCCUUCUAAAAUAUUACAAGAUUGCAUGCUUUACUCAUAAAGAUUAGUGUAGUAACAAGAGAAAAUAAUGGCGAAAGUUUUUUUUAGGAGCCAACAUUUUCUCCUGAGGAGGAAUAUUGUAUAUAAGCUGUUUAGAAAGCCGAGUAUGAUUUAACACCUAUCAUGACCUGGUUUUUACCAUGAGGUCCAUAUGUUCACAAACAUUAAAUAAAAUCAUUAGAUAUUAUAGUUUUCAAUGAAACAAUUCAAAUUCCUUA